UGGCAAGCCACUGACGCGUGAUUUUGACAGCGGCUUCCAUGAUGCGGUCGCCGGUAUCUCGCUUCAAGCUCGACUGCCUACUUGCAACCCUCAGGCCUCAACUUCAACCUCAGUUGAACUGUUCGGCUUAUCCGAUAACGAUGAGUCUCAAUAUGCUUGCUGAUUUUGCUGCCUCUGUUGAUCUCGAUGUCGGAUCUAUCUCCCCUCUACCUUCUGCUGAGGCCAUCCUCCGCGCGGAACGAUCCCUCCCAUCCUCACUCCCUAGUCAGGGCUUGGGCUUAGAUCUCAUUAGGAAGCACCUGCUCGAAGAUAUUGCGCCUGCAUUGAAUAGGGAAAGCGUGAAUCCCAAUUACUAUGGGUUUGUCACUGGCGGAACGACAGACGCAGCUUUGUACGCCGACUGGCUUGUAAGCGCGUUCGAUCAGAAUGUGCAAACUUUCGCGCCGACAGAAAGCAUCGCUGGGAAUGUAGAAGAUGCUGCUUUGAGAAUGUUGCAGCAAUUGCUUGAUAUCGAUGCAAGUAUCUUUACCGGACGGACUUUCACGUCCGGUGCCACGGCAUCCAAUACCCUUGGUCUCGCUCUCGGACGCGAAUAUUCUGUCCAGAUCUCUGGGAUGCGAUUCUCAGCAUCGGCAACUCAAGCCAGUAUUGCCCAACAGGGCCUGAUCCCAGCUUGCUUGCGCGCGGGGGUCCAGCGAAUCCGAGUGCUUUCCUCAAUGCCGCAUUCUUCAUUGGCUAAGGCGGCAUCCAUCGUCGGCCUGGGCACUGACAAUGUCAUCUUGUUACCGCUGAGUGAGGCAGAGCCUUGGCGGCUUGACCUGAAUGCCUUGGAGCAGCAUCUAUCCAAACGGGGAAUCGCAAGCAUCAUAUCUGUCAGUGCAGGAGAGGUUAACGCCGGAGCUUUUGCGACGACAAGAGAUGAUAUGGAAAAAAUCCGUGCUCUGGCAGAUGAAUACGGGGCUUGGGUUCAUGUUGAUGCUGCCUUCGGUUUACAAGCUCGGCUUCUAUCCAAGCCGCAGUAUGCCUCUAUCAUGGCUGGAGUGGCUGCGCUUGAUCUCGCGGACUCGAUCACAGGAGAUGCUCACAAACUGCUCAAUGUCCCAUACGACUGCGGCUUCUUUUUCACCCGUCAUCUCGGAAUUCAGAAACAGGUGUUCCAGAACGGAUCUGCCCUACCACCCGAUCUCUCGGAGGCUGUACCCUCCGCUCACAACCUCGGCAUCGAGAACAGCCGACGAUUGCGCGCGCUGCCAGUGUACGCUACACUCGUGGCCUACGGCCGAGACUGGUAUCGUGACCUGCUGGAGCGCCAAAUCUCGCUUGCACGAAAAGUAGCGGAAUACAUUUCGCAAUCGAGCGACUACGAGCUGUUGCCCCGCCACACGUCGGCCGCAAACAUAUAUAUUAUCGUCUUGUUCCGUGCGCGGGCAUCUGACCUGAACUCACAUCUAGUUCAGCGGUUGAACUCAGCCGGCACGAUCUAUGUAACGGGAACACAAUGGGAGAAUCGGCCUGCGACACGAAUUGCCAUCAGCACGUGGCGCGUUGAUCUGGACAGAGAUUCUGCACUUAUCAUCAAAGAGCUAGAGGCGAUCGUUCGGCCCAAGUAUUCAGUGUGA